AUGCGGACGAGCCGGUCCACGCUGCUCCUGGGCUCGGUCCUCUUCUGCUCCGCCUCGCUCCUGUACCUGGGCAUGAGCGGCGUGGAGUGUCCGCCCAAGAGCCACCGCCACAAAUGGAUGGAGAUGCGCCUGAGCCAAUCGGCCAAUCAGAACUUGUCUCUGUCCGAGCACUUCCCCGAGGACACCCCCCUCAUCUUCAUCGGAGGCUUCCCUCGCAGCGGCACCACGCUGAUGCGCGUGAUGCUGGACGCCCACAACGCGGUCCGCUGCGGCGAGGAGACCCGCGUCAUCCCCCGGCUGCUCGCCAUGAGGGCCACGUGGAGCCGUUCCGUGAAGGAGAGGAUCCGCCUGGACGAGGCCGGGGUCACAGACCAGGUGCUGGACGCCGCCGUCAGAGCCUUUCUGCUGGAGGUGAUUGUUGGACACGGAGAGCCGGCCCCUCGUCUCUGUAACAAAGACCCGUUUGCACUGAAGUCUCUGUCCUAUCUGUCGCACAUCUUCCCAAAAGCCAAAUUUGUGCUGAUGAUCCGCGACGGCAGAGCGGCCGUCCACUCCAUGAUCUCACGAAAGGUGACCAUCUCCGGCUUCGACCUGAACAGUUACCGCGACUGCCUGACCAAGUGGAGCAGCGCGGUGGAGACCAUGGUGACCCAGUGCAUGACGGCGGGGCCCGAGCGUUGCCUCCCGCUGAGGUACGAGGAGCUGGUGCAGCGUCCGGAGCUGGAGAUGAAGAGGCUGCUGAUCUUCCUGGACCUGCCCUGGGACCGAGCGGUUCUGCACCACGAGGAGCUGAUCGGGAAGGCAGGGGGCGUGUCGCUGUCCAAAGUGGAGCGUUCGACGGACCAAGUGGUGAAGCCUGUGAACACGGAGGCGCUCUCCAAGUGGGUGGGCAACAUUCCGGAGGACGUUCUGGGCGACAUGGCAGAGAUUGCCCCCAUGCUCUCGCGCCUGGGCUACAACCCGCACGCCAACCCCCCCGACUACAGCCAGACCGAGCCCCUGGUGCCGGGAUACAACCUGUCCCAGCCGCUGCAGUGA